AUCGGUAAAAUAAAUUAUAAUUCGAAGGUGCAUUACUUGCGUUCAAAAUAUACUAAGUAAAAAUACUGAAUUUGUCAGAGAGAUUUUUUGCGCCCGAAAGUCACGACAACAAACCGGCAUGGCGGACAGCACGGGGCUUAUGCUCGGUCACAAGCAUUUCUAUCGCUAAAGGUGCUUACUCCUUGCUUAUUUGGGGGAAACGGAGACAAGGGAAGCUGUUAUACCCUGUAUUUGAACAUCGCAUAAACACCGUACCCCUAUGGGGCUGCCAUUGUUUCGCGGGCAGGGAUAUGCGACUUGAGAUCUAGUAGGAGUUCACCGGUGGGGAGUCACGGGUUUGACUGCUGUUCCAGUGCACUUUCACAGAGGGUUGGAUGAAUUGCGCAACAGCUGUUCAAUAAAUGACUGUGAUGCAUCGAUAAGAGGACUCUAAAGGGUUCCUGAAAGAAUUUUAAACUUAUUUGUCGCCUCGAGAAAGAGUAACUCGCUAUGGAGAUACCUGUCGUAGAUUUCAGUGCGUACGAACUGGAGAAAACGAACGCAUCAGUCGAUCAUUUGGAGAGGUUAAGUGUCGAACUAAGAAAGGCCUUUACCGAGGUGGGAUUUGUUUAUCUGAAAAACACAGGCAUAAAUCAGAAAGAGGUGGACAGAGUCAUGGGCGUUUCAGAGAAGUUCUUCUGCUUGCCAGAAAACAUGAAGAAGCCUUUCAGCAGGGGCGGUUUUUCAAGUAAUGGAAACCACGGCUGGAUUUCGGUGGAAAUGGAAAGUUUGAAUCCCCGACGUCCCGGUGAUCUGAAGGAGGCGUUUAAUACAGCUUCUUUGAGCUCGGAUAUCAGUUGGCCUUCAGAAGGUGUUGAUGAUUUUCGAGAUGUCCACAUAUCAUUUUACCUGCGCUGUAAGGAACUUUCUCUCCGAGUGCUACGAGUCAUGGCUCUCGGCUUGAAUCUGGAAGCAGAGGUCUUCCUCAGCGCUCAUAAGCAUAUUGGAAGUGAUAUGAAUGGAACGACUCUACGGACUUUGUACUAUCCUCCAGUGAACAGCGCGCGUGUGAAGGAAAACCAGCUGCGCUGCGGAGAACACUCUGAUUACGGUAGUAUCACUUUGGUUUUCCAAAACCCCAAGGGUGGACUGCAGGUUCUGAACCGAGCUGGAGAGUUCAUUUCAGCUCCCAGCAUUCCUGGGACAGUGCUGAUUAACAUAGCGGACCUGAUGCAAAGGUGGACCAGCGACGUCUAUGUGUCUGCCGUUCAUAGGGUUUUGCUGCCCCCUGCAGGAGACUCCAGCACACGUCAGUCUUUGGCCUUCUUUGUACAACCUGACGAUGAGGCUGUUAUUUCGUGUUGUGAUGGAUCAGAUAAAUAUCCUCCUGUUAAGUCAGUUGAUUACCUUCUUUCAAGGUUCAAAGAUUCUUACAAAUAGGUCCUGGUUUAAGUUAAAAUACUGUAUGUUUGCUAAUCGUCUGCGCAUAAUUGGCGAAGCUAUGAUAAUUUAAUACAGUGUAGAGAAACGUAAAGCACAGCCGUUUUAAUUUGAAGUCGCAAGAUACUCAAGCAAGCAAAAAAAAAAAAUCAAUACCAAUUUUAUGUUGAACUGGAUAUCUGCAGAACACUGUUUGAAAACUAUGAUACCAUAAUGAAUUAAAGUUUUCUGCAUUAUUUUUAAGCUCAAAUUUAAGACCUUUUAAGACCUGCACAAAUAAAAUGAAUACCAUAUGAGCAGGGGAGGGAGAAUUAAUUAAUUAAAUUAAUUUACAUAAAUUAGGAGUAUGGAUUAUUAAAAUCUUGAUAAUUUAUGGGGAUUUUAUCAAAUAAGAUAAUUGGACAACAUUUUGCUGAGUUCUCUUGAAUUUGAAUAAAAACAAAAACAAUAUAUAUAUAUAUAUAUAUAUAUGUAUGUGUGUGUGUGUGUGUGUAUAUAUAUGUGUGUAUAUAUAUAUAUAUGUAUGUGUGUGUGUAAAUAUAUGUGUGUGUAUAUAUAUAUAUAUAUAUACACACUGUUAAUAAGCAAAUGAAAUCAGUAUGAUUUAAUGAAAACAUAAUUGAUCUUUACAAUGCAGAGUAAACACAGAAGCUGCAUUAGAUUAAUGGCAGAUACAGUGUUUAAAGGGUCUCUUAAAAUGAAGUCUCUUAACAUUAAACUGUUGUAUAAAUAUAUACAUUUUCUUCCCCAUAUCUUGAAUUAUGUGAUCAUUUUAAAUGCAUUUUAACAGAUUGAAUCAUGCAGUAAAAGAACACACUAUAAAUCUGCAUCUAACCUAAAGUUUGUGCACACUCUGUAGCCGUUUUGUUUGCUUUUCAUAAUAUGCUCAAUAAUAUCAAAUAGCACAUUGUUUAAACAAUAAUUACAUUAUUGUGACAGACCAUACAUAUCGCAUACCCCUAUACUCUUUAGAUUAUUAUAAUGGUAUGUUUUAUUAAUCCACCAGUUAACAUCUAAAACUGUUUGCAGGGUAAAACGAUUUUUGCAUUGGUCUGAACUGAGCAAAACAACAGUUUUAUUGAAAAUCCUCAUUCAUUUUCUGAUAGCAGGUAAACGUGCAGCGGUCUUGUUUGAUGUACAUUAUAAUGGACAGAUAUUUUUGAAAAAAUUCUGAUUUAAAGCUUGCAAAUCUACGAUCGUUUUUUUUUACUUUUGUAAAUGCAAUCUAUGAAACAUUUUGAUAAAUGUGAAUAAAACUAUUGAAAAUGUGGCUUGCUUCUGUGUUUGGAAUGAAGUACUGAUAUGCUUCUCUUCAGCAUAGCAGGAUUUCUUUUUCAAAUUACAACCGGCAGAGCAUUACUGCUAUUUGAUUGGAUGACUUAUGUGGAAAUGCUCCACAAAAAUGUGUUUUUUAUUUUAAAUUGGAUUAACUUAAAAAACUUUAAUUUGUGUUUACUUAAAAGUGUGAAUCUACUUAACCUGUUAACCUGAGUCCUGUGAACUUAAUUAAAUUGAGGAAACUCUUUGACUUGAGAAAAUUAAGUAACCAAUGAACUCGUGUGCAAACCAAAAGUGAGACUUUAUUGAUAAAAAUGACCCAAUGUUGCAGAUCUGUACUGUUAAUUUAAAGGUGAAAUUAAGAGUCCAUCCACCAUGUUUGUGGAUGUGUUUAGUGACAAAAACAAAUCUCUGAGAACCUCAGAAAAGAGUUGCUGUUACUCUUUAGGCUAGAAAGGUUACAUAACUCUGUUUGGGCUCCACAAAUCCACAGUCAGAUUGUAUAGGAAAUUAUGAAUAAUUGAACACGGAAUCCAGAUAGGUAACUGUCUCAAAAAUAACUUCUAGGUGUAUGAUAAAUAAAAUGCGCAAUAAUUAUCAUCCAUGAAUAACCAUUUAAAAUAUACAAUUCUAAUAUGUUUAUUAUUUAUAUUUCAAUUAGUGUAGUAUUUAGGGUUAAAGGGCACCUGUUAUGCUCCUUUUUACAAGAUGUAAUAUUUCCCAAGAUAUGUCCCAAGAAUGUUUCUGUGAAGGUUCACCCAAAAUACCCCACAGAGCAUUUAUUAUAACAGCUAGAAAAUGUCAUUUUUGGGGUGUGUCUAAAAAAAAUAGUUGUUUUGGUGUGUAUCAAUUUAAAUGCAUUGAGCUACAUAUUCCAGCCCAGUCUCCAUAAAAGGGCAGUGCAGUGAUUUGGUUUAAAAGAGAAUAAAAAAGGAAGAGUGGGAGUUUUGUCUGAUUGUAGUGUUUACACGCUGCCAACACACAUUUAUAUCUAAACACUAUGUAAGUUGAAUUUGCAUAAUAGGUGCCCAUUUAAAAAAAAUAAUAAAAUAAAAUAAUGUCGUUCUUUAAGCCAGUGCAGUGUUGUUAAUAUUAGUUUGUAGUAAUGUCUCCUGAAGAAAAUAGGAUUAAGCUCAAAAUAUACUUAGUUUUUGUACACAUAUGUAUACACGUGCAGUCGAAUGUGUAGCCUUAAAGUAUGCUCCACGUUGAGAAUGAAUGCAGGCGGUGAACACAUAAAAAGCUUUAUCUUUAGUUUAUUGUCUGUGCUGUUUUUCCACAAAUAUUAGUUUUCUACUGUGAAACAACGGCCCUGGCCAGUGUAGCCACUUUGUGGUUACAGAAAUCUGAUGAUGAAUGCACAGUACACGGAUAGUAUUCUGAUGAUAAAAUUCACGUCACACAGAGACCGUUUCCCAAUACCAAAUAGUAAUAAGCUACAAGAGACUACUUUUAUUUAUAGAAUUUCAUUUACUUCAUUUUAUAUUUAUUUUAUUUUCAUUUAAAUAAUCAACAGUCAAUAGCGGAAAGGCAAUUUUUAAACAAUUUGAAAGUGAAAGUGAGGUGACUCACCAGCAGAUCUACAGUGCAGUGGCUGAAAAAGAAAAUGUAGCAAAAAUCCAUAACCAGUGCCCACAAACACAAAAAAUGAUUGCUUCAAGGUGCUGCAGCUAAAAGUGGUUCUAAAACCAAUUGAAUAAUAAGGCGCCCUUAGUUUCUCAUCCAUGGCUUUUCCAUAUUGGCUUUAUUUGUUCUAAAUAAAUGACACAGCGUGAUGUCAUGUGUUGUUGUUCAGGUUUUAUCUUACAAAUUUGUAAGAGGACUGUGUUUUUUUUAAUGUACUGUUAUGGAAAUAAAUAAGGGUGUGUUUUCUUUUUCACAUUACUUAUUAGGAUAUUAAGUGAAGUUUAUGUAUUUAGCCAUGGUUCACUAAGGAGGGAACGAGAACUGCAUCCUCUAGAGGUCGCACUGGGGAUGUCCUGACAGGUGUCUGAAGCAUACAUCUAAACACAGCAGUAACACUGGCUGGCGACAGCCUAUGACAUCACUACCGGUGCAAUCAUAGUAUAAAAAGACGGAGAGAGAACAAGUCAGUUGCUUUUUCUGAAGCCUGCAUCUGAAGCAUGGCAAAAAGAAGGGAUGCAGUGUCUCGUUCCUUUCUCAGGGAAUACAUGCGUAACCUGAGACAUUCCCUUUCAAGGGAACUUGGUACUGUGUCCUCUAGAGGUUGCUAUGGGUAACAGUAUACCCAAAGAAAGCACUAAGUACCCACUUUACCAUCACCAUCAGUCAACUAUCACCAAUUAUAAGAGCAGGGAGGGCAGAAAGACGCCUAACAACCUGGAGGGGCUACCCAUAGGACCUCCAAAACUCAUAGAACAAGAGGAGAACUUAGAUGCUCAGUUGCGAAAAACAUGCUCAUAGGUGUCCCUCUUGGGUGAGACAAGAAAUGCUUAGCUUAAUCCAGGAGGCAGAAGUCGGGAUUGAAUCGAGCUCCUGCCUCUAGGAAGCAGAAAACCCAGAUACACCUAUUAUUUAUAGGUGAGGAGCAUCACCCUAGCAGGAAAGCUCCAGAGCAGCAGUAUAACGUGGUUACCUGAUGAGGACAAAAUAUGAAUAUAUGACUACAUGUCCAAAAUCAUAUAGAUAUCCACAUUGGAUUCAGUAUAAUAUAUUGUAUAUCCAAUUCUUUAUGUAUAAGGAACUUUAAACCAUAGGAAAAAAUAUACUGAUAGGGAAAGAUUUCCCAUCGGGUCCUUUCCAUGCUCUGCCCAUAAACCGGAACCCACCAGCAACAGGCAGAGAAAUCUCACAGCAACAUGUAACACGGUCACCCUCAAGAGAAACACUCUACUGCCUCUACAUGAACGUGUCAGUACUCCUACAAGCGGCACAAGCUUGCAAACGAUGUCCACAAACUUGAGAAAAUAGUGAAACACUCACCAAAUGCAUCACAAUCAGCAGAACCCAACUCCUCGUGAGUAGAGCAUGUUUAACUCAUGCUUAUCCACGAAGAAAUAAGCACUUUGAGAGCUGAACGAGCUUGUUCUUCACCACACACAACGUGCGAGCCGUGUGAAACUGCGGGUAUCAGAGCAAAGCCUCUGGCAAGAGAACAUGAACUCCAGUCAUGCUUGGCUUUCUGCUAACAUAAUGGCAGUGAAGAUGAAGAAGGUGACAUGUUCUCUCUGCACCCUUUUGUACUGCGGUUGAGCUGGUAGUGACAUCAUAGGCUUGUGUUUAGAUGUAUAGACCCCAGUCAUGCCAAAGGCGUUCCCCAUAGCUACCUCUAGAGCUACCUCUAAAGUUUCCUUGAAAGGCCAUCGAUCAUUUUUACCCAUGCAAUGCAUUUUUAGCUAUUGCUACAAAUAUACCCCUGCUCCUUAAAAUUGUUUUUGUUUUCCAGGGUCACACUCAUUCCACGUCUCAUGUCUACGUAUCAUUUUUCGUGAGCUGCAAGGAGCUCUUUCUCAGUGAUGGAUCUAGGUUUGUGCCUGGAAGAAGACGUCUUUCUCAGUAUAUUGGAGGCAAGUAAGACAUAUGCAAGUAAGACAUAUACAUUACUUUCUCCCAGUGAGUCAAUGGCAGGAAGAUCUGCAAGAUCGUAAUGAUGUGAAUGGAACGACUCACGGUGUGUGAAGGAAAAUCACUCGGGUGAACACUCUAGUAUACUCUAGUAUCACUUUGGUCUUCCAAAGCCCAGAGGGUGGACUGUGAGUACCACCAACAUAGGACAAGAGGAGAAAUGUUUUUUUUUUUGUCAUGUUUAAUGUGGUGCUCUAUCAUUUAAGCUUUCAUUCU